AUGGCCCGCACACUUGUGAGAUUGCAGCGGUCAACUGCGACGACUGGCGUACAUGAAGAAGAUGAAAAUCGCGCAAGCCAGGCCUGUUGCGUCAAGACGUACACGGCUUCGAGGCAGUGCACACUGACCCAUGGAUUACCCCUCGCACACCUGAAUAUUAGACGUGCCGGCCUCGUGAAGAGAUUCCGAGAUUCGUCGUCCCCAAGCCCGCCCAGCUCGCUGUUGUGCUGCCCAUCGCGGAUACCGGCCACGCAGCCCUCGCCCAGCCUUCGACAUCAUCUGCCGCUGAUCCGCAUUUGCUCGGCACGCGUGCACAGCCACUCUGCUGUGGCUCCCGGACCCCGUGGUGGGAAGCAAUUUGAAGCCGCCCCAGACCUCACCGCGACGGCGUUUGUCAGCCCGCCCACGCCUUCCACACUGCGCGCGCCUGCCCGACCUGCCCGUUUGCGCCUGGCGACGAGUCCUUCACAGUCACCGUGUUUCUGCACUACAAAUCGCCCCACGCGCGCCUUCCGAACCUCAUCUCCACCACCACCCGCCGACGCAGAUACGCCGUUUUGA